CAGCAAUUUGAUGGAAGGAGAAUCAAAGAGCAUCAACACUCGUUCAUGGAUGAUCUCCCAGAAAAGUGACCAAUCGUCUUUCAUAAUCACUGUUGAGCUUGAGACCAGGUGGUUCCGCGUCCUUGGGAUGCUUGACUGUGCCCAGGAGUCUGCAAGUAUCAAUCAUGCUGUCUUCGAGCUAAAAGAAAUAUACGCGCUAGCAUCAAAUUACUGCGCGUUCGUUUGAAGCCCCUGCCUUUUUUUUCUGUCACCAAUUUCUACUUUUCUCAUUCGUUGUGUUUACGUUAUCAAAAUGGCAUCACUCCUUCGAUCUAGGGCAGUGGCCUUAGCCAUGCGAUGCAAGUCAUCAAGUAGACAAAUAAUCUCAACAGCCUAUACCUCAACGCCGGGCUGUGCGAGGAGGUGGUACUCUGCAUCAUCUACUACGCCCGCAACUAAUGAACAGGCUACCAAGCCAAGUCUAGGAUCAAUCAAGAUCAAUGGACGUGACUACCCAAAGGACUCAUGGUUUAAUGUACCAUCAAACGUUGCCAACGCAACGUCACGGAAGCUGCAUUUGCAAAAGGACCACCCCCUGGCAAUAACCAGGGAAAUCAUUGAGAGCAAAUUCCCUGCUCACAUCUUCAAGUAUCAUAAUAGCUUUGAUCCCGUUGUCUCCACCUUUGAAAACUUCGACUCCUUAGGCUUUCCCGCAGACCACCCAGGCCGUGCUCGCAGUGAUACCUACUAUGUCAACAAGGACACACUCCUGCGAACGCAUACCAGCGCUCAUGAAUUAGAACUCUUCCGCCGCAAUGAGAGCCAGGGCUAUCUGAUCAGCGCCGACGUCUAUCGCCGAGAUGAAAUCGACAGGACCCACUACCCCGUGUUCCACCAGAUGGAGGGUAUGCGAGUAUGGGAUCGGGCACAAGUGCCCGGGGGCGAUGUUGCCGCGGCGGUCUGGGCUGACUUUGAGAAGUUGCCGACACAUGGAGUCAAAGUUGAGGAUCCCAACCCCUUCUAUCACCCGGAGCGUAACCCGCUUCAGGAGCAACAUCACUCGCCUGCCGAAGCCGAGGCCAUCUCGGCGCACCUAAAGCGGUCACUCGAGCUCAUGGUAGUGGAAAUAUUCACAAGGGCUCGGCAGGCCGCCAGAAAAGCCGCAGAGGAGACAUCGCGGAAGGCCAUCACAAAGGCUGCCAAGAAGGCUGCCAAGACAAAGGCUGCCGGUGAGGCAGUAGCCCAAGAGCCUGCAAUGUCAACAGAGCCUGUUCCAGCGGUCGAAGAAGAGCCCCUCCGUAUGCGCUGGGUGGAGGCAUAUUUUCCGUUUACCAGCCCGUCUUGGGAACUGGAGGUCUACUACGGCGGGGACUGGCUUGAGGUCCUUGGGUGUGGCGUAACCCAGCAGCAUAUCUACAUAGAGGCAGACCAACCAUCGCAACUUGGUUGGGCCUUUGGUCUCGGUCUCGACCGCAUUGCUAUGCUACUAUUUCAGAUUCCCGACAUUCGGCUCUUUUGGUCUCAAGACGAGCGGUUCCUAUCUCAGUUCCGCGGCGUUUCGGAGAACCCAGACUUGAUGAAAUUGUUCAAGCCCUUCUCUAAAUACCCGGCCUGCCGAAAAGACAUCUCCUUCUGGCUCAAGUCCACUUCAUCAGCCGCCGGUGGUGGUCUCGGAGGUCCAAAUGAGUUCCACGAAAAUGAUGUGAUGGAGAUCGUACGGGGUGUGGCUGGUGAUGUGGUUGAAGAUGUGCAUCGCGCCGACGAGUUUGUUCAUCCCAAAACUGGCAGGCGAAGCUUGUGUUACCGAAUCAACUACCGAAGUUUGGAGCGCACACUCAAGAAUGAAGAGAUCAACAAGCUGCAUAGCCAAGUUUCUGAGGAGCUGGUCCAGCGACUUGGGGUAGAAAUCAGGUAGCUGAGUAUGAUUUCAGACAAGCUAUCUGGCAAACCUUUGCUGUUUCUCGAGCAUGCCAAGUUGGGGGUUUAUGGUGGAGAAACCCGUUAAGGACGCGGCAGUGUUUCCGAAGAGACGAGCCGGUGGCUGAGCAGUGUGAAAGUUGAUUCGUUUUCAUCCCAUCCGACUGGCAUUGACAGUCGGUCACCUUUGAAGCCUUCACAUGUGUUAAUAUUUGUUUCGAGAUAUGUAAAAUAAUACUACUUUGUACGAUUAAAUAAAUGUAUCUACCUUCGUAAUAAUACAGGGUGGGUGGGAUUUUCA